GCGUAAAGUAGGGUUAUGUUUGACUUCCAAAACAUUUAAAUGAAUCGGUAAACAUGUCCACAGAAAAAAAAGUAAUUCAAGAGUUCGUCCUCGAACAAGACAACGAACUACGUUUCGAAGUGGAAUCGAAAAACGAAAAGGUAUAUCUAACAUUAAAAAGCGGAACGGCGGAAGUUUUCGGCACCGAAUUAGUCAAAGCGAAAACGUACGAGUUCACAUCGGGCGCCAAAGUGGCCGUAUUUACGUGGAACGGUUGUGUAAUCGAAGUUAAAGGUAAAACAGAUGUAAUUUACACGGCCAAAGAGACCCCUAUGGUGAUUUAUUCCAACUGUCACGCCGCUUUGGAAUUCAUGCGAGUUGAAGCCGAAAAGGACAACAAAAGGGGCCCGAUCGCGUUACUAGCGGGGCCCUGUGACGUCGGUAAAUCUACGGUAUCUAGGAUUUUAUUAAAUUACGCUGUGAGAAUGAACCGACGACCGAUUUUCGUCGAAUUAGACGUGGGACAGGGACAAAUAUCGAUACCUGGAACAAUCGGCGCGCUUAUGAUAGAACGACCGGCUUCUAUAGACGAAGGUUUUUCCCAGGAGGCUCCGCUAGUUUACAAUUUCGGCCAUAAAACCAUAUCGGCCAAUCCCAACCUGUUUACGAUACUAACGAAUCAUUUGGCAAACACGGUUAAAGAACGAUUAGAAGUAAACAAAAAAACUCGUUCGUCCGGGGCCAUUAUAAACACCUGCGGCUGGAUAAAAGGGGCCGGUUACAAACAACUCCUCAAUUCUAUCAAGGCUUUCGAGGUCGACAUUAUAAUGGUGUUAGAUCAGGAAAGGCUCUACAACGAAUUGGUCAGGGACUUGCCUCAAUUCGUCAAAAUCAUAUUCUUACCAAAGAGCGGAGGGGUGGUGGAACGAUCGAAGAGCAACAGGAGCGAGAGCAGAGACCAAAGGAUUCGCGAAUAUUUCUACGGCACCCCCAGGAACUCCCUCUAUCCGCAUUCGUUCGAAUUGAAAUUCACCGAAGUGAAAAUCUACAAAAUCGGCGCGCCCGCCCUGCCCGAUUCCUGCCUUCCAUUGGGCAUGAAAGCCGACGAUCACAUGACCAAAUUGGUACUGUUGACGCCCAACGCGGGGCUCCUGCAUCACAUUUUAGGCGUCAGUUUCAGCGAAAACGAAGACGAUGAUAUUCUUUCGUCGCACGUAGCCGGAUUCGUAUGCGUGAGCAUGGUGGAUACCGAAAGACAGACGAUUACAUUGUUAUCGCCACAACCGAAACCGCUGCCCAGUAACAUAUUGAUUCUAUCUGAAUUGCAAUUUAUGGAUACGCAUUAGUUUGUUAAGAUUAUUCACGUCUACGAUUAAUAAAUAUAUAUAUUAUUUUAUAAAAGGUGCGAUUUCUGGAUAUCAAUCUAACGUAAAAAUCCUGGCGGCGAUAUCGGAAACGACCCAAUCCAUACCGGCGAGCAAGUUUUCUCCUGUAACAGCACUGCAAGAUAUGAUCCUCCAAUGGUGCGUUUUAAUAUCGUCCAAUUCGAGAACCUGC